AUGGCCCCCAAGGGCAACUGGAGCGGCCGUCCUUCGAAUGCCUUACUGUCGAAUGUCGCCUUAUUGAACGCCGUUCAUGAUGCAUACCUUCACGCCGAGCCGUAUCCACUAGAUGCAAAAACGAGCAUCGUCGUCAAUACAUGGCGCGAAUCAAACCGAAAGGCUCCAACUAUUGAUUCUUCGUUGGCUGCACGAGCAUGGGAACAUGCUAGACGUCGAAUCGAAGAUAACUGCGUCCUUUUGCCGUCCCUCCACCCAUCAGCCCCGACAGUAUUCAUACCGUUUCUCGAGACUCUUCCUUUCGUUAUCCCUUCUUCAAUAUUCACAUGUCUUCAAGCACUGCAGCCUUUUCUUUGCUGCAUGACACCUCUCAAUCCUUCGACCCCUCGAUACGCUGCCCUAUCACUCAAGUUAAGUGUCGACCUUCAGGGACAGGCUUUAGAUGCCAAGCUAGCUCUCCCGGCCGACGGAAUCGACCUUGUGAAAGGACUACUAGGCAUUCCUAUGGAAACCGGUUAUCGAGCCUUCAAUGUCUUCUACUAUCUCCUCGCAUCUUCUUCAACACCGACCGAACGGGAGUUCCUACAUCUAAAACAUGCCUCUGAUUACUUGUUAUUAUCACGAUCGAGAACCUACUACACGCCUGAUACCCUGCCUACAAUCAAUGAUGAUGCAUCAGCCGACGACUUUCGCCAACUUCUUCAACGCAUGGGCAUCAAGGGAUCUGUCCGCCGAAACCUUCUUUCGACUUUAGCAGGCAUACUUACUCUUGGCAACACGCUGGAAUACACCGGACCUUCAGAGGAGCUGUCAGAUGUUUAUGGGGAAGCGGGCGAGCUUCUAGACAUUGAUCCUGACAUACUCAUUACGCAAUCCAAUGCCCAACGACGUGCAUUCAUCAGCCAACUGUACCAAUCGAUUGUGCAGUGGAUGGUCUCCAAGGCCAACGAGCUUAUAAGACUUGAGCUACGCUCAGACAACGGCAGAUUGGGCUUGGAGCAUGGGCAGACUAUCGGUAUUGUGGAUGAAGGUACAGAUAGUACCGUAUCCAUAACCGUUAUAGACAUGCCAGACCCAUCAUUUGGAAGAGCGGUCGGAAUGCAGUCUAUUUUUGACCAAUCUUUUGGCAUCAACAGUGAGAUUUCAGACGACGGUAUUGAAAUCGAGCCUAUCGAGACAAAUGUGGCCAAAGAUAUGCGCAAGGCGAUGGCUCAGAGUGCAUUUUAUCAAAGCAUCAUGUCGAGCAGAGAAGACAAGGUGAUGGAUCAGGACGAGGAAGACACUUUUGAGCGGAUUGCCCUCUCGGCCGAUGACGACAGUUUCAUGAAGAACAUACUCACUUAUAGAGAUAUGCAAGCGGCGGGGGGGGACGGAGCCGAGCCUGAGGAGUUCCUCUCCCAUUUUACCUCCAGUAGGCUAUGGUAUCUACUUUCCUUGUACCCGGGGUCCGAAGGCGGGAUUCCUGAUCAAGGGAGUGAACUGGCCUCUUCAGCGCCUCAUUGGUCUGCCAGCCAGGUCACCACGCAGCUCUUAGAAUGGCGACUUCGCGACUGGGCUAACCAACGGUUCCGGCACCUCGGCUUUACCGCCGACUUCGACCUCGACGAAUUCCUAGAGCGGUAUUCCAUCAUUGGAUGCCAGGGACCUGAAAGUCAGAUAAGCGAAUGGUCAGCUGCCAUAGGCUGGGGAAGCAGAGAAAUCCUUUUCGGACAUAGUCGUCUUUGGCUGAGCGAAGAGGCUUGGUGGCAUUUGGAGAAAUUGCGUGACAAUACUAUCGCAGCAAUGAGAACUAGGACAUUCAGUUCAAUCCACUCGCAGUCUGAUAUGGCUUAUGUCCAGAGACCUCAGAGUAUGUCUUACAGUGUAGGCCUUGGCCUCAACGAAAGCAGCGAUCAUCUUCUUAGGGCAGACCCAGCGGCUGGGCUGAGCAAACAGCCAACGGCAACAAGCUAUCAAGGGAAAGCAGGCUUUGAGCCUCGCCAGACAAUCGCCUCCGUGGAAGACCUUUCGCCCGUUGAUACAAAAUUGAAACGGCUGUCCGAUCCUGAGCUAGGAAACAAGACUGUGGUGGAGGUUGAGCCUACAACGAGAAGUCGUCGUCUGUGGGUAGGAUUUGUUUGGGCGAUGACUUUUUGGAUCCCAUCUUUCCUUCUUACUCAUAUCGGCCGAAUGAAAAGGCCAGAUGUUCGGCAGGCAUGGCGUGAGAAAGUGGUGUUGGUCUUCAUUAUAUUAUUCCUCAACGCGUUGAUUUUGUUCUGGAUGAUCGGCCUCGGCAAUCUGCUGUGCCCCAACUACGACAAGGCAUGGACGCGAAAGGAAGUUUCUACCCAUCAAGGAGAAGACGAUUUCUGGGUCAGCAUUCAUGGCGGGGUCUACGAUAUAUCAGAUUUCUGGCGACGCCAGCACAGUGACACCGCGAUAGAAACCACCACCGCUAAUAUGCAACCUCUCGCGGGGUUCGACAUGGACGAAUACUUUGUUCCUCCACUUUACAUGGCCUGCAAGGGGCUCGGGAUAGCGAAGACGACUGCCCUGACGGCCAAUACUACCCCGGAGUAUUCUACUGCCGUCCACACCUCUGGACAAGCGGCUUUGUAUCCACAGAGCGCUCUGAAGAAAGAUGAUUGGUAUUGGACCCAUUUUGAGCCAUCUAUCAAGGAGUACUACCAUGGAAACCUCGUUUACUCCGAGGGUGACUUUAAGGAUCAAGCUAGGCGACAGCGCAUGUGGGCAAGGUACGGGGAGCGUAUCUAUGAUCUCACUAAUUACUUCUAUACGAAAGGCCUCCACAAGGGGGAUGCCCAGUACGAGUUUCUGGACAAAGAAAUUCUCGAUUUAUGGCAAGACAACUUGGGAAAGGACAUCCAAACCGACUAUGAAGCUCUUAUCAAAGAUUCUGCCAAUAACAAAACGAGACUUGACAGCAUCACGGCAAGCUGGGAUUGCAUCCAAGCCAUCAGCUUCAAGGGAAUUUUGGAUUUCCGAGAGACCGCGAAAUGCCAGGUAAAUAGCGCGCUGCUCCUGGCAUUUACAGUCAUCGUGUGUACCAUAAUCGUGACAAAGUUUCUUGCUGCAGUUCGAUUUGGUUCAAAGCGAAUCCCCGUGCAACAAGACAAGUUUGUUAUCUGUCAAGUCCCAGCUUAUUCCGAAGGCGAGGAGUCUUUGAGAAAGGCGAUCAACUCACUUACAAACCUCAAAUACGACAACAGGCGAAAGCUCUUAUGCAUUAUUUGCGACGGUCUUGUCGUUGGGCAAGGGAAUGACCGUACUACGCCGAAGAUCAUACUCGAGCUGCUUGGCGUUGAUCAGACGUACGACCCUCCAGCGCACGCGUUCAAGUCCAUCGGCACAGGUAGUGCACAACUAAACUACGGAAAGGUAUAUUCCGGCCUCUACGAACAUGAGGGGAAUAUUGUCCCGUACAUCGUGAUCGUCAAGGUUGGCAAAGAGUCUGAGCAGUCUCGAACAAAGCCAGGAAAUCGCGGGAAACGGGACUCACAGAUGGUUUUGAUGAGCUUUUUGAAUAGAGUUCACCACAACGCCCCGAUGAAUCCGCUGGAACUUGAACUUUUUCACCACAUUAACACCAUCAUAGGCGUUGACCCUCAGCUUUAUGAGUUCUUGCUGAUGGUUGACGCUGAUACAUGUGUUGAUGAGGAUGCAUUAAAUCACUUGGUUGCUGCUUGCACCGAGAAUACCAAAAUUGCAGGCAUUUGUGGCGAGACGACGUUGGCCAAUGAUCAAAGGAGUUGGUGGACAAUGAUUCAAAUAUACGAGUAUUUCAUAUCUCAUCACUUGGCUAAAGCCUUCGAAUCAUUGUUUGGCUCUGUUACUUGCCUACCAGGAUGCUUUACGAUGUACCGUUUGAAAACUUAUGAUGGCAGGAAGCCUCUGAUCGUCUCGGAUGCCGUGAUCCAAGACUAUAGCAUCUGUGACGUGGAGACUUUGCACAUGAAGAAUCUAUUAUCCCUCGGAGAGGACCGCUACUUGACAACCCUCAUGAUGAAGCAUUUCCCCCGCAUGUGGCUCAAAUUCCUACCAGAAGCCAAAUGCCAAACUGCUGCUCCAGAGUCGUGGAGCGUCCUUCUAUCACAGCGAAGAAGAUGGAUAAACUCCACCAUUCACAACCUGGCUGAGCUGAUGCGCCUUGAGAAUAUGUGCGGUUUCUGCUUUUUUGGUAUGCGAGCUGUCGUUUUCGCAGAUCUUUUCGGUACUAUUAUUUUCCCAGCUACCUGCGUAUAUCUGGGAUAUCUCUUUUAUCGACUGGGGACAAAGAGUGGUCCAUUCCCUACGAUCUCAAUAGCCCUGUUGGCAGGAUCAUAUGGGCUGCAGGCUCUGCUUUUUCUCUUCAGAGCGGACUGGCAACACAUAGGCUGGAUGAUUAUAUACAUCAUGGCAUUGCCUCUUUACUCUUUUGUCCUCCCUCUCUAUUCUUUUUGGAACCAGGACAACUUUACAUGGGGUAACACUCGUGUUGUCAUUGGCGAAAAGGGAAACAAGCAGGUAGUUGCUAUCGACGACGAGGAGGUCUUUGAUCCCAGUCUCAUCCCACUACACCACUGGGUUGACUACCCUUCACGCUACACUCCGUCUCCAAUUCCAAAUCGGAAUCAUGCACAAAGUGCGCUCUCUGGUUCCAUUACUACUCCCAAACUGAACCUCCAAAGCCGUGCACCCACGGCCCUGGGACAUCGGUCUAGCGUUGGGGUGUUCCGCGAUCAGUUGACUGAAUUUCGGGGUAGAGAGACACCAGAUGCAUUUUUAGAUCCCUCUGGCAGAGACAGUUUCACUCAAGAGAUCAUUCGGAACUCGGUGAGAUCUUUGCUAGAAGAGAUAAACUUAGACACGGUUACGAAAGGGCAGAUACGCGCUAUUCUUGAACAACGCCUUCACACGAGCCUGACGGGAGAAGAGCUGGAAAUCUUCAACCAAGAGCUCGACAGUCAGCUUCAGCGCAUAUAA